CCUGCAGACGUCGCGUGGAACUUCCCACUCAAGAGCAGACUACGGAAAUAUUGGCACGAGACAUGCAAGCGCAAAUUAGAGCACCGCGAGCACCAGGCCAGCUGUGGUGAUGACCAAACGUACUGCAUCCGAAGCAUUCUCUGCGGAGGGACAGCCUCGGGCAUCACACGAGACGUGGACAGGGCGGGUGCCGUGAACGCCGGACCAACAGAGCGCAGAAAAGCAGGACCGUUUAAAAAAAGCAGUCGUGGUAGUAUCAAUGAUCGUUUGCAAAAGCUGGCAAAAUUGAUACUGCACAAACAUGACAUUUCUGAAGAAGAACCUUCGCUGAUGAUGAAAGGCCAAAAUUUUAACAGUGAUCCGAGGCUGGCAUUAGCAUACUAUUACUGCUGUGGAGGACAACCUGAUGCGUUCGUCUUCAACGACGAACAUAUUCGUGACGAUGAAUCGUUUAGAGAGCGGUUGUUGAAUGUUAUGGAUGCGCCGCCAGGUCUACUGGAAUAUGAGCGCUGCCAGGCGUCCUCGGCCACAAAUGAUCCGUCGAAUGGCUCUAGCGGCACUCAUGGGAACUCCAUUAUCAUGUACCGCCAAAUUGCGUGCAAUGCGCACCAACACCGUGGUAUUGAGAUGGAGGAAAGCCGUUCCAGAAGUCCCACAAACAUUACUGGAGUUGCUCUAUAA